UACAAGAAGUUUAGCUCAAAACGGGCCGAAAUUCAGACCUCGUUCUCUAACGUGGAGCCCAAGAAGUACGCGACCGCUUCGGCGAACACCGGUAUGUUUUGUAACGCUUUCGCUGACGGCGAGCGUAAGGACGCGCCGCUCGUUGAGACCAAAGCCUUCAAAUCAAGUGAUAUGAGAGCGAAGAAGGAAAGUGAGACUAAAUCCCUGUCAAAAGUGAUGAAAAAUCCGCUCUCAAAGGCGGCCAAGAAUUUGGCGCUCACUUGCGCUGACGUGAAGGCAAGUAUGGCUCAAAACUCGGCCCCCAUUUCGGCCAAAGAUGUGUUUAAUUCGGUUAGACGUGAGACUAAUAGCAGACCAAACUUUUCGAUACCCGCUUUGGCCAAAGGCUAUAAGUCGGGAGAUAUGAUUGAUUUGAGCCACAAAUCUGACGCCAAAUUACGGGCGAUUCAGGCAUUGAAAGCAAAACCUAUUGCCGCCGAAGAUCCAAAUGACAGUAAAAAGAGCAAAAACAAGAGAGCGUUGGAGAGAAUCAAAUCGAAGAUCGCCACCGAAUUGAGCGCUUCGGACGCACCCGAAGACGAAGCGGACGCCGAGGACAGGGAAGAGCGACGGGCGAAGAAAAUGAGAGCCGAUAUCAUAAGUAAAGCGUUGAGCCGUAAAUCGGUUAACGAGAGCGGCGUUGAAAAGGCCGAAGCGAUGGCUACAGAAAAAUACUUCUCUACACUCGAGAAGAAGGAGAAAAUGGAGACAAAGUUAUCGGAAACUUGUCACGAUUGCAAAUAUACGGCUCAUUCGGCCUCCGAGUUGUGUAAGAAGAGUGGCCACAAACUGGUCAGACAUAAGGCCACCAAACGGUUCUUUAAGUGCAAGAACUGUAAGAACAGGAGCUAUACAUUCAAUCUACUGCUACCGGCGAAGGCCUGCUCUAAAUGCGGGGAACUCUCGUACGCCAAGGCAUCGGUGGUUCACAUCAAAGAGGAGACAACACUUAUGGAUAAGAAGCUGCAAAUUCGUGGCGAGGAAAUCAAAUUUAUUAAUAGUUUGAGAUAA